UUGCUCCUUAACUUUUUGAAUCCAUUCUAUCUAUAAAAUUUUUUAUUAAGCUUUUUCUUCUAAAAUCAUUACAGAAUAGUGCACAGUUGCAAGGAAAAAUACAGCGAGAGCCCACGUACCCCUUACCCCUUUCCCCCGUGGCUGCAUCUUUCCCAAGGUGGUAAGAAGCCACAGCCGGGCUGUGGACAUUGACCAUUUGGUCCCCACGGGGAGUCUUCCCUCUGUAACCCCGACCGUCACUGGGUUCUCCAUUUCUGUCGUUUUGCCAUUUCAGGAGCGUUCUACCAAUGUGGCCAUGCAGAGGUACCUUGAGACUGGCUUCUUCCACACGCCAGAAAGAAGAAUUAAUCCAGAGCGUGCUGACCCAGGUGGCAGAGCAGUUCUCAAGAGCAUUUAAAAUCAACGAACUGAAAGCUGAAGUCACGAAUCACUUGGCCGUGCUAGAGAAGCGAGUCGAAUUGGAAGGCCUGAAAGUGGUGGAGAUAGAGAAAUGCAAGAGUGACAUCAAAAAGAUCCGGGAAGAGCUGGCGGCCAGAAGCAGCAGGACCAGCUGUCCCUGUAAGUACAGUUUUGUGGACAAAAAGAAGCUGACAGCACGCCGUGAUGUCCCCACGUACCCCAAGGUGCGGAGCGCUGUGACUUUGCAGAGACCAAGUCAGUACCUGCUCUCUCCAGAGACCAUCGAAGCUCUCCGGAAGCCCACCUUUGACGUCUGGCUCUGGGAGCCCAACGAGAUGCUGAGCUGCUUAGAGCACAUGUAUCACGACCUGGGCCUGGUCAGAGAUUUCUCCAUCAACCCCAUCACACUCAGGAGAUGGCUGCUCUGCGUGCACGACAACUACAGGGACAACCCCUUCCACAACUUCCGGCAUUGCUUCUGCGUGACCCAGAUGAUGUACAGCAUGGUCUGGCUCUGCAGGCUCCAGGAGAAGUUUUCCCAAAUGGAUAUCUUGAUCCUAAUGACGGCAGCCGUCUGCCAUGAUCUGGAUCAUCCAGGAUACAACAACACGUACCAGAUCAACGCCCGCACGGAGCUGGCCGUCCGAUACAAUGACAUCUCGCCCCUGGAGAACCACCACUGUGCCGUGGCCUUUCAGAUUCUCGCCCAGCCCGAGUGCAACAUCUUUGCCAACGUGCUGCCAGACGGGUUCAAGCAGAUCAGACAGGGGAUGAUCACAUUAAUUUUAGCCACUGACAUGGCAAGACAUGCAGAAAUCAUGGAUUCUUUCAAAGAAACAAUGGAGAAUUUUGACUACAGCAAUGAGGAGCACAUGACCCUUCUGAAGAUGAUUCUGAUAAAAUGCUGUGACAUCUCUAACGAGGUUCGUCCGAUGGAAGUGGCGGAACCUUGGGUGGACUGCCUAUUAGAAGAAUAUUUCAUGCAGAGCGACCGCGAGAAGUCCGAGGGCCUUCCUGUGGCCCCUUUCAUGGACCGGGACAAAGUGACCAAAGCCACGGCCCAAAUUGGGUUCAUCAAGUUUGUCCUGAUCCCGAUGUUCGAAAUGGUGACCAAGCUCUUCCCUGUGGUGGAGGAAAUCAUGCUGCAGCCCCUCUGGGAAUCCAGAGAUCGUUACGAGGAACUGAAGCAAAUGGACGAUGCAAUGAAAGAGAAGACGGAGAGCCUGACGGCCGGGGACACCAAUGCGCAGAGAGAGAGAAGCAGAGACAUGAGGAAAAGCAAAGAUAAUGCCAUCCUGAAUUGACAUCUCAAUGCACAUGCAGCCCGAGCCUGAAGGAGGCAGGACCGGCGCGGGCCGCGGUGCAGGACCGGCUGGCUGAACCUCGUGGGAGCCGUCUGUGCAGGGAAGAGUGGAUUCUGAGCACCUGACUCCGCAAGACUGCGUUUUCUAAGAACUGUUUUGUUCACUGAUACAAAAAAAAAAAAAAAAGGAAUUCAUGAUGCUGUACAGAAUUUUUAUUUUUAAACUGUCUUUUAAAUAAUAUAUUCUUAUACAGAAA